AUUUCACAUCGCAAGACAAGUCGUCAAUUUUGUUAUGCAAUUUGGAUACAAAACAACCAUUCUCCAUGCUAUUUUGUGUUGCUACCUUAUACCAUCCAAAAUGAUUAAUUUGUUGUCAUAACAAACUAAGGAGAAACGCAAGUAAUGCGCAGUAUUUAGAAGAACUGAUUAUAUGUAAGAUAAACUUUGUUAUCCUCUCAUUCAGUUUUGCCGUUUUUCAUUUUUUGUUCACAAUCGUUGUCGCCAUUAAGCUUCAGUCUUUAAAAUCGGAUCCAGUCCACAACCUGCCGCGCGUCCUCAUUGAUGUUUCGUUACUUGAAGAGCGCGGGUACCAGUGAUAAACAGGAAAAUUAUAAAUGCUUUCCUUAAGAAUCCUCUUCGUUCUUGCUUCGCAUUUUCAAACAAACUAAACGCACCGUGUUGUUGAUAAGCAGGAUGUUUUUUUUGCUCGUCUGGGUGUUCCCCUCAAUCGGGUCUUAAACAUAUCUGUCAAUCUAUUUGUUUGUUAUAACGAACUAAACCUCGUCAGAAACUGAUUUCGGAGAACAAUAUUUAGCUAGAUAAACGAAGUUCUUCUCGUCUUCUGGCAAUUUCACGUUACUUUCUCCCUUAAAAAGCAGUCAAUCUUCUCACCCAUCCCGAAUUUUGACUUUUCGUUUGCAAAAGAGCGGGAAAUGUUUCGCGCCAUUAUCUCACGUACGAGGCAUGUAGUGAUGCGAUUUACCUGGAACUUUACCACCCUAUUCUUGUCUCUGAUUGGCUGGUGCAGAAGGCGUGUACGGUCAGCGCGUUAACCCGGUACAAACAAUAUAAAUUUAUCCCAUGACGUCAUGUGUCUUCUCUCCGGGAUCAAUAUGGUGGAAGUGAAUUUUCUUGAUAAGUGAUUGACAGGAGAUAAGAACACGGGAAGACAUGAGGUGCUGGUGCCUUGUGCUGUUGGCCGCAUUCCUGGCUGCUGUGAAAGCUGAAGUUCAAUGGCCGGGUGGUACGUAUGGCCUGCCCAUGCCUGACACAGGCUGUCCAUCAGACGGAAUCACUGAUUGGAAAUCAGGCUGGACUUAUCACGACACAGAGGACGACAAUAAUGAGAACCAGCGGUCAAACAUUUUCCACAUGCCCGGGAAUUUCUCAGCCCAUGGCAUUCAACAGAAAUUCUGCCUGAAAGUUGGUAACAAUGGCAACACUGGCAGUGAAAUUUGGCCAGAGGGAAAAUACUGCCUCUACAAGAAAGGGGUGUGUCCUAGUGGGCUUAAAGAAGGUUUCAUCCGCUGGGACGAUGAACAGUCAGAAAUAGACUACAAAGAUAAACACUUCGGAGACUUACCCGAUGGAGUCUACGAAAAAUCUCACACAACAAUAAACUACUGCUGUAGUACAAAAGGAAAUGUUAACAAUCCAAUCCAGCUUCCCGCGCUAAAGCCUUUCUAUCUGCUCACGUACGAUUCAGCGCAGUGUCAGAAAGUGGCGGGAACCAAAGUCACAAGCGAGUUUAUCAAAUUUGAUGACGAUGAUCAGGGCAAUACUGAUGCAGCGGGCGGGUCACAUCCUUAUGGGCCCAGUGAGGACCCAUUUAAUCUUAAGAUUUACUACUGCUAUUACGAACCAGGACAAGAGAGUGAAGAUGAUUUAGGAACAGGAAAGCAAGUUAGGAGCAAGAUCCCAACAGGCAAAGCAUCCAGUUCUGGCCUAGCUGUGGCCAUCGGGUGUGGUGUAGCCGGCGCCAUUGUGGGAACCGCCUCCAUUGCGUUCGCUACCAAAAGAAUCCUUGCUCACAGAGCACGCGCAGCGUAUGACCUCAUAGAUGACCCACAGCCAGACGCGCCAUGAUGUCACAUGACUUCAUUCUCCAAAUAAGGAACUAGCAUUGUUCGUCGGCUCCACCCCUUUUAAGUCGAGAGCUUGUUUUUGGGAGAGAGCCAAGUCAAGAAUUGUUAUCUUUAACGAAAUUAAAUCUCACUUUGAGCUAAAACAAUUAAUACAGAUUGUAAAUUCUUGUUAGCUUUGCGAAAAACGUUUCGUACUUUAUAAACAAAAACACUCAGGACAAGAGUUGAAUCACUCAGAAGUAAUGCCACAGACAAUUUAGCCCAUUAUUCUUCUCGCUUUGAAAUUGAAUUGAACGAAGGAUAUGGACUUAGCGAUUACUAACAUGUUUUAUGGUAAAAAAGAAAACAGAAACGCGCCAGUAAUCCAAAUCAGGCUAGGUUUAGUCAGUUAUAUUGUAGUUAUACGUUGUACAAUAUUUUAGAAUGUGUAUUUUCUUACAUGAAACGUGUUUUAACUUUCGAGACCAGCUGUUGUCUUGUCGAUGUGCGUUGCUAGUCAUGUAGGUGGUUAGAAUGGAAAAGAUAGAUCUUGUGAUGUUGUACAAAGCGAAUCUUUUACCCAUACAGUGAAAUGAGCGUUGAACGUUGUAAUUAGUCUGAAAUCUUGACAAUGGUUUAAGUUUGUAAAACAAGUGUAUAGCGAACGUCGUAAAUGGGAAUAAAUCGUACUUUUUAAAACGA